AUGGCGUCUCAGGGCUCGUCGAACCCAGGUAGGGGGCCCCAACAAGGCUCGCAGCAGAGUAGCUCUAGCGGCGGAGGCAUCCAAGACGCGGCUUUCUACUCCGCAAUGCUGGACAAUCUGCUAGAAAUCAUCCGCCACGCAGAACACCCAUCUUUCUCACGCGUCAUCGCAGCGAUCCGCGCCGGAGCCUCACACGACCAGAUCAGCCAACUCCUCGAGGAAGUCUUGCAGCGCAGCCCUCGCUUCCUCAGCCGUGGGUAG